GUUUUCAUAAUUUUUCAUGGUGGAUUUCCUAAUUGUGUUUUAAAUGAAAAUGGUGGCUUUUUUAAAUGUUAAUCAUUUAAAUUGUAAGUUUUUGAAUUUACAAUUUACACCUCGAUCUGCAUAACAUGUGCUUUGGUAAUAGAACUCUUGUUUCGUAUGUACAAAGCGGCGCGCCGUAUGUGUUGACACUCAGAAGAAGUGUUUAUUUGCGAGAUACAUCGGGGAAUUGUUUUCAUUGCCUGAAACAUGUCUCUGGGCGGUUCGACUGUGCUGAAAAGCGCCACCAUGCUGGAACAGCUCUUGGAGGAGAUCAACUUUCAGAGGACCAAAGAGAUGCGACAACUAUUGAAAGAUGAGAGUGGGUUCGUGGUGCUGCAGGGGACGACGUACUGGACCGACCUGUUCGUGCGGCACUUCCUGUUCCAGGAGGAGCAGGCCAUCGACUGCGACGACCUGCUGUUCUUCGUGCGCAAGCGCCACGUCAAGGGCUCCUCGCGCUACCUGCCCAAGUACGAGACGGACGUGGACGUGUUCCGCAAGGACUCGAAGAAGCUGCCCAUCGGCGACCCCGAGGUGGACUGGGAGGAGACGGUGUACCUCAACCUCGUCGUGCACCAGUUCGAGUACACGCUCACGCUGGCCAUCUGCACGCGCACCAGCCCCAAGGAGCUGCAGGUGCUCAAGCGGCACUCGCAGAAGGUGUACGCGUCGCCGAGCCGCCGCAAGAUGGACACCAAGGGCGAGGGCGAGGAGAUGACCUACCCCCACAUCUGCUUCAUGGUCGACAAUUUUGACGAGGUGUUCUGCGACAUCGUGGUCCGCGACGGCGAGAUGGUGUGCGUGGAGCUGGUGGCUCGCGGGCGCGGCGGCGCGGCGCAGGCCGUGAUCUUCCUCGGCUCCAUCCGCUACGACGCGCUCACCCGCGUCUACGACUCGAGGCAAACGUCGCUAUCCACGAAGGUGGCGCAGCGCAUGUCGUUCGGGCUGCUGGGCGGCAAGGCGGCGGCGCGCUGCGAGUUCGUGCGCAUGAAGGGCCCCAGCGGCAAGGGCCACGCCGAGAUGGCCGUGUCACGCCCACACGCCGCCGGGCUCGACACGCCCUCCUCCGAGCCCGGCCUGUGCGCCACUGACAUGUGGGACAGCGACUGGGACGACGACCCUGAGGAGAUGUUCAUAUAUCGCCACCAGCGGCGGCUGAGCGACCCGAGCGCGAACAUCACGAACUUCGUGCGCGGCGGCUGGCGCACGCGCGCGCCCAAGGACAAGAGCCGCUCCGAGAACGAGGGGCUGGACGCGCUCGUGGACGGGCUGGCCGAGGUGGAGGCCGGCGACCUGCGCGACGAACUGGACGACGGCGCAUACAACCCGCUAUGGGCGAUGCGCGGGUUCACGCAGACCUUCCACCUGUGGAAGGAGGGCAAGCGGCAGCAGUCCACGCCGCUUAACGCCUUCCUCACCUACGUCACGCUGCCCUGGUGGAGCAUCGCCAAAGACAUCCUGGACCACCGCGAGGAGCCAAUUCUGACGUUCUAGUGCGCCGGCGCGCGCACCCUCGGUCGAAUACUAUCCGAUAAGUCAUUUUAUUUUUUUAUCCAUAGUAGCCCGGCAGCAAAACAUAAAACUAAAGUAUAUGUAUAACUAUUUAUACAUAAUUUUUAACUAAAAAUUAUUAUUAUCAAUAGAAGAAAAUGUAAAUCUUGACAGCAGAUUCCUAUAUACGUAUAAAUAACGUGGAUAUCGCCUAAUCAUUCCGCAGAAUGGAAAGACUGUUAUUUGCUGUCGGACUAUGCAUAUUUUUGGUUAUUACUGAACAUAAUUUACUUUUAUUUCUUAUUACAAUAUAAUGUACUAUUAUCGGCGAGGGUGCCCAUAACAUGCCUUAAAAAGUACGAAACUCGGCAAGCAAAUGUGAAUUUGUUUGGAGCUAUCCAUAAAAUACGAUGAAAAAAUAUGUGUUCUUUUUGUGUAAGUAAAUUAUACAUUCCAUUUGAAUAGUUUUGAGUAUCAUACAAGACCUAUUUUAUGGAUGCCUCCAGUGGAAUGAAACGUCUCACGGUACUCGAUUAAAUGUUUAAUAUUUGGCCGCAAACGCUAAAAGACCCACUCAACGUCAUAACGAUAUUAAAAAAAAUCGUUUGCGGUCGCCUAAUAUUUUAAGAACGAAAUAACAUACAAUUAUGUGCCUGAAAUAAAUGUUAGAUUUUUCUUUAUUGCAAAAAAGAGAAUUAAGCAAGAUAUUUUCAUGAAAGAAACAACAAUAGAAAAGGUUUGUGGUGGAGAGUGUUGCUUUUCGGAAAGCUCUAUCAUUAGUUAGGCGAACAAAUAAUCGUGUGAUAUGUAUGUUACGUGUAACUGUCGCUAUUUAUAUUGUAUGUAUGUACUACUAUUAUUAUUUAUCGCACUAGUCAUUAUAUUUAAGCGUAAGUGGUAUUCAUUUGAAUAAUGUAUGGUUAUAUUCGGCGUCCAAAUUAUUUUAGUUUUAACCUGCGACAAGCGCAAAGGACUUGCGGAUCAAAAACGAACUUCCUACAUUUCCAUUAACAAGUAUCAUUUUAAAAUAAUGUAAUUGAUACAAUGUGUAUUCAAAGAAAAAGAAAAUUUGAUUCCAAUAAUGCGCACAAUGUUUGGAAUACUUUCAUUUGACGGUUCUAUAUAUUUUAUUUUAAUUAAGAAAAUGGUUUCUUUUUCAGUUAUUUGUUGUGCGUCCUAAUUUUCGUCUCGCUUCCGUUUUUGUGCUACAAAUAUAUCGAGUUCCUAAUUUUAGCUUUUUACUGUGAAACAAAAUAGUCCGAAGUUACAGGUCCGUAGCGGAAGACUUAACGGAAUUGCAAGAGUAAUGGAUGACAUUACAAUCACAGGGAGUACAUGUUCUAGACAUUUCAUAUGCUUCAAACAAAUUGGCGCGAUUAUAACGGACAGAACUUAUGCUAUUCAUUAGCAAUGGCCGUCCAUGCAACUUUGUGUGAAUCUUUUACCAGCAGAUGUUACUUAAGAAUGUUACUGAUAGUUUUAAAUAAUCAGCCGUUUCUAAAAUGUCCGGUCAGUCUACACAGGGACUACAGGGACAUAAUAUUGUCGAAGGAAUGUAAGAGGAAAGUAAACUAAAUUUUGUUUUUAGAAUUCGCGUCACUUUGUUUGAAACAAGCUCGGUAAGUAAUACAGAAAGUAUUUAUUUUUUUAAUGAAGAGAGAUCAGUCGGUACGAUAACUAGUCGUGUUUUAGGGGCUAAUAACAGGCAGCAUCGCAAACGUGACGGAUUUGAUAAGUAGGGCGCGCGCGAUAACCUGUGAGCCCCACACAUUCCAGAACUCGAAUGGCCGAAUAAAUGCGUUAUUUUUGUAUAACUGCCUUCGGGCCUUGACGUGCAUGGUUCGAUGCCCGGUUGGUGUACGAUUAUUUUAUAGGGCGUUGAAGUCGAAAUUGUAAUCGAUAAGUUAUUUUAACCACAAAGAUAUGUAAUCAUUCUAGUCGGAAAUAGUCAUAAAAUUAUGAUUUGAUAUUAGUAUAAUUUGACUGAAUAUAAAUUAUAAUUGCAAGCAUA